AGAGUCUUCCGUUUCAGCGCGGAGAGGCAGUGGGCGUUGUUUGUGUGGGCUCAGUGUUUCGCUGCUUCCGUUGUCCACUCAGAGACUCCGUAAGUGAUGCAGACUCUUGAGAAGACCGAGCGAGAAGCACACCAGGGCGGGAAGAGGUGUGGCUCAAGUAAGAGCAGCGACAAUUGAGUUAGAGUCAGAGAAGCAAUUUGGGUUUAGAAAUCCCAGAAGUUGUUGGAGACCUACCAGUGAUCAGCAAGGGACAGACCCAGGAUGGCAAAGGCCCAUGUUCCCACUUUAUGGGUGGCUCAGUACUCUACCCCUCCCCAAAAGAGCACAAAGGAGAAAGAGACCUACACUCUUCCUGUCAGUCUGAUCUGUGAUGUUCCCCCAAAGCCUCAUAACCUGGAUGGAAAGAAAGAGGCUGCUUGGUGCUUGCUGCCUCCUGCCUGCUCUGCCAUGGAUUGUUUCUCUGUGAUGCCCUUCCACCAGGAAACCUGAAUGAGAGUUACAAACCAUGAGAAAUACUUAAAUUCUUAGAAUAUGAAAAUUUUCCUAUCUGGCAAGGCUGGAGGAAUGCUGGCAUCAGAUAUAUGAGAAUCAAAACUGAAAGGAAACAAUUCAAGAGGGAGAUUCUAAAGAUCCCUCCUGGUGUCAGGAAUCUUAAAUUUUCUCCACACAAGCACAGGCUAUGAGAACUAUGAACUGACUUUUAAGACAAAAAUUCCAGUAAUUUAAAAUACAAAAAGCGUAUACCUUGGCAGUCCUUAAACAAAAAGUAACCAAGACUGUGUUAGAGAAGUCUGUGUGAGUGAUUCCCUGGUUUUCAAGGGGACCAAUACCAUGUUGGUAUAUGCAAGAAAAAAUCUUACCAUGGAAAAAAACAAGAAGUGUGUUGUUCAGCACUCAUAUCCCACUGGAUAAAAUACUCCAGAGUAUACUGGGGAGUUGUGGCAAAAUAACCUGCUGAAAGACUCUAUGCAAGAGAAAUACUGUGGAUGUGAAGAAAUUUAGUUUUGGAACUCAAUAAGUUUUUCACAGGAAAAAUGGUCUUGGAGAUAAUCUGUAUCAGUAUUCCAUCAGCACAUCAUGCUUCUUGGAGAAAUCAAAUUUAUACAAAUAUCCAAGAAUCCACACAGGGAAAAAGCUGUAUGGAUGUGAGGAAGUUGGCAUUAACUUCAGUCAGAGCACAGGAGUUCACUUUCAUCAGAAAGUCUGUGCAAAGGAAACACAUAUCUGUAAUGCAUGUGGUAAGAGUUUUAGUCAGAUCUGUCUUCACAAUCAUCAAAGAUUCCACACACAAAUGAAACCCGAGGACCUCAGUAAAAAAUUAUACUUCUCCUUCACAAGAGGCUUCACAUAGGAGAGAAGACUUUUAAGUGUGAUCAGUGCAGUAAGUGUUUUAGUUAGAGUUCCGUACUUCAUGUUCAUCAGAGAUUCCACACAGGAGAAAACAUUUAAGAGUGAGGAGUGUGUUAAGGGCUUCAGUCAGAGCUCAAAUCUUUGAAUUCAUCAGUUAGUACAUAGAAGUGAGAAGUCCUACAAAUGUGAUGACUGUGAUAAGUGCUUUACCCAGCGCUCAAAUCUUCAAGUUCAUCAGAGAGUGCACACCAGAGAGAAGCCUUAUAACUGUCACAGCUGUGGAAAGGACAUUGGUCACAGCUCAGACCUUCACAUGCACCAGAGGGUCCACACGGGAGCAACCCUACGCUUGUUGUGAAUGUGGGAAGGGCUUCAGCAAGGGUUCAACGCUUCACACUGAUCAGAGUACACACUGGUGAGAAACCCUAUAAAUGUGGGAGUGUGGAAAAGGAUUCAGUCAGCGUUCCCAUCUUCUCAUUCAUCACAGAGUGCAUACUGGAGAAAAUAACCCUAUAAAUGUGAUGAUUGUAGAAAAAGCUUUAGUCACAGCUCUAAUCUUCACAUCCAUCAGAGGGACCGUACAGGACAGAAGCCUUAUCCGUGUGUAAAGUGUGGUAAGAGUUUCAGUCAUAGCUCAUCUGUUCAGAUUCAUCAGAAUCCAUGAGGGAAAAAAGACUUACAAAUGCCAUGAAUAUUAAAGGGAUUUUACCAGAAUUCACAUCUUCACAAUAAUCAUGACGGAGAAACCUUAUAAAUCUUGGUCAUUUAGUUAAUAGCUUUAAACAAAUCUUAACCUUUAAUCUCAGUAAGUGCUGCUGGAAAAGAAAGCCUAUAAAAAACAAGUAAUGCCAAGCAACAAUUACAGUUUCUCCUAACUCCCAAUAAGAAUAAAUUUCUUCAAGAGAUCAUUAGGAUUAUUAUAUAUUUAAGAUUAAAGUAAAAAGGGCUAAAGGUGUAAGGAAAGUGGGAAGGGUAGGAG